AUGGAUCGGGUGGAUCUGGCGCGACUGGUGAACAAAGUGACCCCAUCGCUGCGGCUGGUGGCGCUGGAUGGGCUCACGGAUGCCUCCAAUGUGGGGACCAUUGUGAAGGUGGCUGCUGCCUUUGGCGCCACGGCGAUUCUUCUGUCCUCGGAUUGCUGUGAUGCCUUGUCGCCACGGUCCAUCAGAGUCUCCGCAGGCCAUGUCUUCCACGUCCCCUUGAUCCAAGGUGAUUUGGUGGCAAUGCUCCAAGAGCUCAACGAUUCCGGAGUGCUGACCAUGGCAGCCAUCGUGCAAGAGGCCAAGUUCUUAGAUGAGGUGCCACAGCUUCCUCUUCGCUGGGCCUUGGUUUUGGGUUCGGAGCACCAUGGCGUGCGCCGCGAAGUGCGCGCCGUGUGCCAAGGGCGUUUGAAGGCGGCCAUGUCGUUGGACUUUGAAGUGUACCCUGGGGGAAAACGGAUCAAAAACCUGUGGAAAACCUGUGAAAAACCUAAUGAAGACCUGUGA